CUCCAUCAGCCACUCAACUACCGUGAAAGUCCGCUCGGAAAAGCGCCUGGUCAGACAGCACUGUUAUCGGCAGCUUAGCCAUCAGAUAUGGACGCGUCGGCCCGGUCCUCCUCCUCCGCCCGCCCCGGGAAUGAGUGCAGAUACAAGUAUGAGGAGUACAAGGAAACAGCAGACUGGCUGCUGAGCCACACAGAGAAGCGUCCUAAAGUGGCCAUCAUCUGUGGUUCAGGCCUGGGCGGACUGGCUGAUCUGCUGGACGACAAGACUGUGUUCCCGUACAAGGAAAUUCCUCGUUUCCCCACCAGCACUGUGCAGGGCCAUGCAGGUCAGCUGGUGUUUGGAAAGCUGCAGGACUGCGAGUGUGUCUGCAUGCAGGGGCGAUUCCACUUCUACGAGGGCUAUGACAUCCACACGGUGACAUACCCGAUGCGGGUCUUCUUCCUGCUGGGCGUGGAAACUCUGAUUGUGACAAACGCAGCGGGGGGCCUCAACGGUUCCUUCAACGUGGGAGACAUCAUGCUCAUUAAGGAUCACAUCAACAUGCCGGGCUUUGCAGGGCAGAACCCUCUGUGUGGGCACAACGAUGAGAGGUUUGGCGUGCGAUUCCCGUGCAUGUCGGAUGCUUAUGACCGCAAGCUGAGGGCCCUGGCCAAGCAGACAGCAGAGGAGCACGGCUGCGGCAGCUUCCUGCAGGAAGGAGUUUACUGCAUGCUGGCUGGACCGACAUUUGAGACCAUUGCAGAGUGCAGUUUGCUGCAGAAGCUCGGGGCUGACGCUGUUGGUAUGAGCACAGUCCCGGAGGUGGUGGUGGCUCGCCAUUGUGGCUUGCGUGUCUUGGGUCUGUCGCUCAUCACCAACAAGGUUGUGACGGACUACGACAGCGAUGAGAAAGCGAACCAUGAGGAGGUGCUGAAGACCACCGAGCUGCGUACUCAGGACCUUCAGCGGCUCGUCAGCCACCUCGUCACCAAGAUCUAGUAACUCCAUCUAAGACCUGUUUGCACAUAAACAAAGAAGACUUCCAGCUUUGCAGUUAAAUCACUGGUGAUGGGAUAACUAUAGCUUUGAAUAAAAGGUAAAAAAGUAUGUGCAUGUGGUGAGUUGUUCAGGUUAGGUGGAUAGGUUCUUACUUAUUAAGGGGUAAUGUGGAGACACUCAUAAUAGCAGGAAACGUCCACAGUAUUUGAUGAACAUUGAAAAGUUAUGUGGCUAGUUUGGGUUUCAAUCAGUCCUACCACAAGAAGACCUUUGGAAACCAGGAAAUGGUAGGCUGACUCCAACCGACUGGACAGCCAGCUGAAUUUGUGUUGAAUUAAAAGCCCCAUAACAACCUAGUAAGCAACUGGUCUAUACCUUUAAAGAGAAGACAGUGAAUGUUUUUAUGUGUUUAGGUGUUGGCAGUUUUUGACUUAUAGUCCAGCCCCUUGAUUUCUGUAAUGCUAAUUAUCAGGGGAUUACCAGAAACCCUUAAUGCACCUAAAGAAAUACUUAACACCAGGCUAAAGCUUGAUUUAUACUCCUGCAUUGAAUCUAUGCCAUAUGCCUUUUCGUAACCUGCACCGUAGUCUGAUGUGCACCUCCCAAAAACUAAACUACACACUGAAGCGGCACAAACUGCAACAACUGUAACUGGUCCACUAGUGAUAUGCUGUGUUUUUACUAGAGUUCGACUGAUAUAAUAACAUUAUCGGCCAAUAUUAACCUGUCACAGAUAAAUCGUAUUAGUGUAAUUGUUCAGUAUACGCCUAUAUGAAAACUUUCUUUUACAGGACAUAAUACAGAAGAAGAUGCUCAGGGUAAUUUAGAAGCGGUGUCAUAAAAUAGUUUGUCCAGCAGAGCAGCUCCAACUUCACUGUUUAUAACUCUCAGCACUGUCUGCAGCACAUGUAGCAUAUCACAGCUGAACAGAUGAGUCAAACUUUUCAUAUUAGGCUGCUAAGUAGCACAAUACAUUCAAAAGGUCAUAAACAGUGAUCCUAUCAUUUUCCAUCUCAAUGUAAGCAGCAUAAGUAUACACAAUGUCGGUUUAUAUAUCAAUAUCACAAUUUUUUACUCCCUAAAUUUGGUAUUGGCCUCAAAAAUCCUGUAUCAGCCAGGCUCUAUUGUUUACAGGGCCAACUGAUUUGUGAAAAGACAAUGCUUCUGUCAAACAAAAUGUAGUAUGGAACAGGCUGUACUUGUAUCCACCUUCCAAAUGGAAAAGGCUGUAAUUUGCCAAAGUAGCUAUGUGCUGUUUUGAUUGAAAUAUUGGUUCCAACAUCUUUUCUUUUAGUGUAGCUUUUGUUCUCCAUUUAUUAACUUCAACGCCAACAUGAUCCACUCUGUUUCAGUAACUGAAGCACAUAAUGCACAACACACUGAAAUCAAAAUACUACGGCUAACCGAUGUAGCAACGCAGACACACCAGCGCACAUUUACAAAUACUCACGACAGUAUCGGUCACUUAGGUUACAGCGUAAGCUCUGCGUAGAUUUAACACAGGAGUAUAAAUCAAGCUUGAGAAAACAUGCUUUAUGGACAUUUUCAUCCAGGUUUCACUGUUGACUGCAACUAUGUCCAAUGGUGACUGACUCACCUCAGAGAAAACAUGGUUUUAUUCAACAGCAAGUGGUGCACAUGAAUGACACCUUGAAUAAGGGUACAAAGAAAGCAGAAAUUGUCUCGCACUUAAAGUUAAUGAGCACUUCUAAAAUCUGUUGUUUAACGCGUUGACUUCUGUUGAAUGUUUGUUUAAAUCUGAAUCAAGAAUUAUGGUCACUAAGAUCAUGACAUAUAAUCCCACUAUACCAUUAUGUUAUUUAAAAUUGCUUUUAUUCUCAUUUAUCACAGAUCAAUAGUUGUAAUAGGAACACAGUGGUGGGUAUUGUACAACUGCUGGUGUGUAUUUCUAUCCUUCUAUCCAGUAUUGCUGCAGGGUGGUUGGGGUUUUCCCUGUGUCGCCUGCUAUAAUCAGAGAGGCAGAAAAAAAUCCGAGACUUUCCUGAAGGUUGAACCUGCAUUUUUCAUCUAUAAUGAAAACAAGACUUGAAAAUUCCACUUUGUGAAUGCUGAUGGACACGCAUGACCUCUAGGUAUACUGAGAUGCUGUCCCUGUUGAUGAAGCUCCACAAAUGUUUUAUUACCUCAUGUUUCGAUUAAACAUUCAGGUUUGCUUAGUGGCCUGUCAGUUAAGCCUGCAGAAUAAUUUGUCAUACUUUCAUGUGUUAAAUGCAUACAUGCUAUGUAUUAAUUGCCUUUAGCAGGUUCAAUAUACUGUAUACAACCACCACCUAUGACUGCAUCUGUCUGAGAUGUAUCAGUGUGAUGCUGUGUGCUCAUGGGCUCGUCUUAACAUGUUCGUGCAGCCCAUUAACACCACAGUCGCAUCCACGUGGUAACAGCUGCUAUUUAGAGAGAAUAUAGAGUGAGUUUGGGGACCAACUCGCUCCUACUGUCUUAUUUUGUGAUCACUUGUUAUUAGCAAUGAACAAUAAACACUUAUUUUAGCUAAAAAAUAUAUUUGCAUUUUACUGCACUCAUUUAUUUAUACAGACAAAUUAUUUAGCAUAAAUAUCGAAUAUAUUUAUUGUGAAAAAGUAGCAAAAUUUAACUGGCUUGUCAAUCCUUGUUGGAUUUUAGUUUAAAAAAGAAAAAUUGAGCUGAAUCAGUUUCUAAAGUGGGUCCAGUCAUGGAAAGCUCUUAGUUUUAGUGAUCUUGUAGAUCAGCAGGUUUAUAUAUAGAAAUCUAAUGAAUUACAACAAAAGCACAAUAUAAUCGGAAAGAAAUGCCAGAAGGCCUAGGCUAAUCUAGUCGAGCGGCAGUGAUGUAUGAUGCGUUUUUACCUGCAUUUGGUUCAGUUUUAUUUGCACACUGAAGAGACCACAACACUGUAAUAUCAGGGAGGGCUAUAAUACCUGGACCUGCAGCUUUCAAUCUUCACUGCUCUGAUCUGGAGCCGUUUGCCAGCUUCCCUUGACCGCCUCAUUCAUUAGAGCUGGAAAAGGUCGGAGAAUAGCCAAGAUCAGCAGUCCACCUCUUAGACCAUUUGUAUCAGGCUGAACAUCAAGAUGCGAAUGAAAGUCUUAAAGGGGAGUUGUAAUCAAAAUUAAGCCUGACAUCAUCAAAAUGUAAAAUCUAUGGCUUGUCCAUUUCUGAGUCAUAAAAUCUCAACAAAAAAAAAAGUCUGAAUGUAUGUGCUACUACCAUGCUUUGGGCUUUUUGUUUUAGUCUUCUGUUUAUUUUAGUCUUCCUUGUGUGUACUAACCUCUAUAUAUUGUACGCUCUGUUUAAUCAUAGUUACUGUUUCCAGGUCUCAGGUUAGAAUCGAAUUCACUUAUAAAAUAAAGCAAUUCAUUUUCAUGCCAAAUGCUGCUGUUGUCAAAUAAAAACUUGCAGAUGA